CCUGCCUGCUACCGCGAUCGUACCCGAGCACCCGCGCCCCCUACUUCGUGGUCGCGGCGAAGUGGCUGGACGAGCCGGAGGUCUCGAGGUUCUGCUCUGUUCUUGACGAGAUCUGGGCAGCGCUGCCGGGGCAAGAAGUGGUGUUCAGGUGGGCAGACUGGCUGUGCGGCUCGUCCUGGUCUUGCAUCGCCUCGGAUGACCAGAUGGUGCUGGGCCCAGACGCGAGCUCGGCUGGUGCAGAUGAGCGCGCGAUUGGCAGGAGCCUCAUCCUUGACUCCACCAUCCCUCUGAUGCACCGCUACAGUGAUGAGAGGUCGCAGGAGGCGUUUGAUCAGAGCGUCCACGAGUGCGGAGUCUGUCUCAGUGAAAAUACUGGCAGAAACUUCAUCCGGCUCCCUUGCAACCACUCCUUCUGCCUCAAGUGCAUGGAGUCCUACUGCGGCAUCCACUUGAAGGAAGGCAGCAUGACCCGGCUGGCGUGCCCGGACACGUCGUGCCGCGCCCCGCUGCCGCCGCCCGUGCUGCGGCGCCUCCUCGCCGACGAGGGCUACGCGCGGCGGGAGUCGCUGGCGCUGCGGAGGACGCUGGACACGAUGCCCGACGUGGCCUACUGCCCCCGGUGCAACGCCGCCUGCGUGGCGGCCGGCGACGACGCGCAGUGCCCCGCGUGCUUCUUCACCUUCUGCGCGCGGUGCGGGGAGCGGCGCCACGUCGGGGACGCCUGCGUCCCCGCGGAGGACAAGCUCGACGACCUGCUGGAGCGGCAGAAGCUGAGAGCGUCGGCGAGGGAGGAGCAGCGGUCGGAGGCGCAGCGGGAGGAGCUGCUGAGCCUGCGGGAGGUGCUCCGCAGCACGAAGCAGUGCCCGUCGUGCCGGAUGGCCAUCGCCAAGACGGAGGGCUGCAACAAGAUGGUGUGCGACAACUGCGGCACCUUCUUCUGCUACCGCUGCAGCCGCGCCAUCAGCGGCUACGCGCACUUCGUGUGA